CCAGAGCGAGGUGGAAGGAGCGAAGACUCUUGCUCAGCCAGAAGAAAUUCGGGUCCUCCUGCUAGAACCACUGUCGUAUCCAGAGUCUCUCACAGACUGGGUGAUGGUGGAAGCUUUGGGCUGACUUUCAGGAGAGAUGUAAGCUGUAGCUGGGAUAGGAGGGCAGGGCAAAAGGAACAGAAAAUACUGCUGCUUGGAAGUAGUGAAGGCAUCCUGGGGAAGGAAGAGCUUACCAGCCACAGCUGUACCCUACAGUUCUCUAGACUCUUUCAGGACCAGUAGAAAUGAUCACAUCCCAGGGAUCAUUGUCAUUCAGGGAUGUGACUGUGGGCUUCACUCAGGAGGAGUGGCAGCACCUGGACCCUGCUCAGAGGAGCCUGUACAGGGAUGUGAUGCUGGAGAACUACAGCCACCUCGUCUCAGUGGGGCAUUGCACCCCUAAACCAGAAGUGAUCCUCAAGUUGGAGCAAGGAGAGGAGCCGUGGAUAUUAGAGGAAGAGUUUCCAAGCCAGAGUGACCCAGAAUUAAUUAAUAGCAGUAGAAGCUAUUCAAGAAAGUUCAAUGAGUUUAACAAAGGUGGAAAACAGCUCCAUGAUGAUAAGCAUGAAAGAAUUCAUUCUGAAGAGAAACCUUAUGAAUAUAAUAAAAAUAGGAAUGGCCUCUGUCUCGAUGCAGACUUUGUUCAGCAUCAGGAUAUUCAAAUUUUGGAGCAGCCUUUUGAAUACAAUGAAUGUGAGAAAGCUUUUUGUGAGAAUUCACUCUUUGUUAUACAUAAGAAAGCUUACACAGGACAGAACACUUGUGAAUACACUGAAUAUGGGAAAACCUUUUGUGAUUUAUCAUCUCUCAUUGCUCAUCAGAGAACAUAUCCAAGAGAGAAUCACUGUGAAUUUAAUGAAUGUGGAGAAAAUUUCUUUGAGGAAUCCAUUCUCUUUGAACAUCAGAGUGUUCACCUUUUCAGCCAGAAGUCAAACCUCAUUCCAGUUCAGAGAACCCACUCAAUUGACAAUAUAAUUGAAUAUAAUGAAUGUGGAACCUUUUUCAGUGAAAAGUUAGUCUUUGGUGUACAACAGAGAACACACACAGAAAAGCCCUAUGAGUGUCAUGAAUGUGGAAAAUCCUUCAACCAGAAGUCAUCACACACAAGACAUCAGAGAACACACACAGGGGAAAAGUCCUGUGAAUGUCAUGAAUGUGGGAAAACUUUCUACAAGAAUUCAGACCUCAUUAAACAUCAGAGAAUUCAUACAGGGGAGAAACCUUAUGAGUGUCAGGAAUGUGGGAAAUCCUUCAGUGAAAAGUCAACCCUCACUCAACAUCAGAGAACACACACAGGGGAGAAACCAUAUGAAUGUCAUGAAUGUGGAAAAGCCUUCUCAUUUAAGUCAGUCCUUACUGUACAUCAGAAGACACACACAGGGGAGAAGCCCUAUGAAUGUUAUGAAUGUGGGAAAGCCUUUCUCAGAAAAUCAGACCUCAUUAAACAUCAAAGAACUCACACAGGGGAAAAGCCUUACGAAUGUAAUGAAUGUGGGAAAUCCUUCUCUGAGAAGUCAACCCUCACUAAACAUCUGAGAACUCAUACAGGUGAGAAACCCUAUGAAUGUAUUGAAUGUGGAAAAUUUUUCUGCUACUACUCGGGUUUCAUAGAACAUCAAAGAAGACACACAGGGGAGAAACCUUUUGGAUGUAACGAAUGUGGGAAAAACUUCCGUCAGAAGUCAGCCCUAAUUGUUCAUCAGAGAACUCACAUAAGACAGAAACCCUAUGAAUGUAAUGAAUGUGGAAAAUCAUUCUGUGUGAAGUCAAAACUCAUUGCACAUCAUAGAACACACACAGGGGAGAAACCCUAUGAAUGUAAUGUUUGUGGAAAAUCAUUCUAUGUGAAGUCAAAACUCACGGUACAUCAGAGAACACAUUUGGGGAGAAACCCUAUGAAUGUAAUAAAUGAGGGAAAUCACUGUGGGUGAAGUCAAGAGUUUAUAGAUCAAAGAACACAAAAGGGGAGAAACAUCAAUUAAUAUAAUUUUGAGAGUACCUUUAGUCUAAUGUCAGUUCUCACAAUACAGUAGACAACUUUCAGAGGGAAGAAAAUAAUAUGAAGAUAUUAAAUAUAGGAAGUUUUUCUACUGGAAUUUGGAUAUAUCAGAAAACUCAGAGUGGAGAAAACCUAUUGGUAAAUGAAUAUAGGGAACUUUUUGCUCAAAGCCGCACAUCACUAAACAUCAGAGAAAUCACACAGGGUAGAAACCUCUGUCAGCUCCAUGGGGUAGAGAAGACUUCAUCCACAAGUCAGCGAAAAUGCACAAGCUAUAAGAAAUUGUUUACUAUGAAGUGGUAUUUUAUGGGACUUGUGUGAAAUGCUUGAAGUAGCAUCUCAGUAGGCAUCAGAUAGUUACUGGAGAAAAUACUUUUAAUUUUUUAAAAUGUGUGGAAGCUUUAAGUUAAAAUUUAUCAUAUAUCAGAUUUUGAAUUGAAGGGUAUCUAGCAGUUUAGGAAAUGUGGAGAAUGUUUUUCAUUUAGAAAUAGCAUUUUGCUUUGUUAAAAUACAAUAUGGUUCAUUGCU